AUGCCGUUAGCCUCGCGGCGGUCCUCCGGCAUGGCCUUUUCGAAUCUCUCUGCGAUAUUAUGUCUGUUUUGGAUUUUUGCCUCUACCGCAUUGGCCGCAAAUGCGGUCGUUGGCAUCGACUUCGGCACUGAGUACAUCAAGGCUGCGCUGGUUAAGCCCGGCAUUCCUCUCGACAUCGUCUUGACGAAAGACGCACGACGCAAGGAGCUCUCCGCGGUCACCUUCAAGCCUAUCAAAAAUGCGCCGCAAGGUUCUUACCCCGAGCGACUCUACGGAUCGGAUGCGAACGCAUUGUCGGCUAAAUUCCCUGGUGACGUCUACCCAAACCUCAAAGCCAUUCUCGGUCUGCUGGUCAGCGACCCUAGAGUCGCCGAGUACUCUGCACGCUACCCAGCCCUGGUUAUCGAAGAAGAGAAGACCAGAGGGACUUGCGAAUUCCGAAGCGAGGCCUUUACAACCAAGCAGGAUCCUUGGAUGGUCGAAGAGCUACUGGCAAUGGAAUUGCAAAGCAUAAAGAGGAACGCCGAGGAGAUGGCAGGCAAGGGUAGCUCAAUCAGGGAUGUAGUUAUUACUGUCCCAACAUAUUUCGAUACGGAAGAGAAGAGAGCCAUUGAACUUGCCGCGGAUUUGGCAGGCCUGCGGAUAUUGUCGCUCAUCAGUGAUGGCCUUGCUGUUGGACUCAAUUACGCAACAUCUCGCACUUUCUCCAGCAUCACAGACGGAGCGCAACCAGAACACCAUCUGGUAUUUGACAUGGGAGCCGGCUCGACCAAAGCUACAAUUAUCAAGUUCCAGGGCCGAACAAUCAAGGACGGGAGGAAAUCCAACAAAACCAUUCAGGAGGUUCAAGUUGUUGGGGCUGGAUGGGAUAGGACCCUUGGUGGUGACGCCCUUAAUGCCAUAAUCGUGGACGACAUUGUGGCCCAGUUUGUUGAGUCGAAGAAGGCAAAGGCCGCAUCGAUCUCGGCCGAGUCUGUACACCGCCAAGGCCGCGCCACAGCAAUGUUAUGGAAGCAAGCUGAGAAGCUGAGACAAGUUCUAAGCGCAAAUGCAGAGAGCCAAACAAGCUUCGAGGGUCUUUAUGACGAUGUUGACUUCAAAUACAAACUGACACGUACCGAUUUUGAGAAGCUUGCCUCCAACCAUGCUGAUAGAGUAGCACCUACUAUUAAGAUGGCUCUGGAAAGGGCCAAACUCGAAUUGUCCGAUAUUGAUUCUAUCAUUCUGCACGGCGGUGCUACCCGCACUCCGUUCGUCCAGAAGGAAUUGGAGCUUUUAGUUGGCAAGUCCGACAAGCUUAGAAGCAAUGUCAAUUCAGAUGAAUCUGCCGUUCUCGGUGCCGCAUUCAGGGGCGCCGGACUUAGCCCCAGCUUCCGUGUAAAGGACAUCAGAACAUACGAAGCUGCAGGAUACGCUGUCAGCAUGCAGUGGACGAACAUAAAUCUCAAGCUCCAAAAGCAGCGCCUGUAUACUCCCCAGUCGCAGCUUGGCGCCGAGAAAGUAGUCUCUUUCCAGAACUUGGAAGACUUCGAUGUUCAUUUCUAUCAGCAUAUCGAUCAUGCCGGAGAAGGUACAUUUUUGGGGGAGAGAGAACUCGUGAAGCUAGCAACCAAGAACCUCACAGAAACUGUUACAGAACUGAAGGAGAAGCGCGGGUGUGAAGCCACCGACAUCGUUACCAAGUUUGGCGUUCGCCUGAAUGUCUUUAACGGCGAAGUUGAAAUUACCGGGGCUACCGCACAGUGCGAGGUCGAUGAAGAUCCGAAUGCAGGAGGCGUCGUAGAUGGUGUUAAGGGCCUAUUCGGCUUUGGUGCCAAGAAGAGCGAUCAGGAUAUUUUUGAAGACGCAGAAAUCGUGUCAGAUGCCGAGACGUCCACCGAGAGCUCUGCCACAACCUCUACUGGUAAAAAAUCAUCGACAUCGUCAGCUGCAUCCGCCUCUUCGGCCACCGCUGAUGCUAAGCCUAAGAAGCGCUUAGUUGCAAUUCCUUUGGACUUCGAGCUUGUGAAGAAGGGGUACCCUGCAUUACCCACAGAGGUCCUGUUCAACAAGAAGGAGAGACUAGUUGCUUUCGACGAUUCGGACCUCGUGCGGAAACAGCAGGAAGAGGCACUCAACCAACUUGAGGGCUACACCUAUCGCGUUCGUGACCUGUUGACCGACGAUGCUUUCAUUGGAGCAUCAACUGAAGCUGAGCGCAAGCCUCUGGGUGAGCUCGCUGAGGCCAUCAGCGACUGGUUGUACGAAGAAGGUGCAGGAGCUACCCGUGAGGUUCUGAAAGCCAAACUGGGAGAAAUGAAGGCAAUUGUCAACCCAAUUGAGCGUCGCAAGGACGAAGCGUCAAAACGCCCAGAGCAGGUCAAGAACCUCAAGGAGUCUUUGGAGAGCGCUCAGUCAGUGAUCAACUUGGUGAAGGAGAAGAUUGUCGAGCAGGCCGACUUUAUGUCGUCGGUAGCAUUAAGGCCAACCCCCUCCGAGACUUCAACCGAAUCAUCGACGACAGCUGAGCCAUCGACUGAGACUGAUGGAACUGAAGAAGAUAACACUUCGGCCGAAGCUGAGACUAAGACUGAAUCUUCCCAGGCCCCAUUGACAACCGCCGUGCCACCUACGUCGUUCAGGCAGGAGGAUCUCGAUGUGUUGGAGUCUCUUCAUAAGGCGACGUCCGAUUGGUUCACAAAGAAGCUUGCCGAACAGGAGGCACUCAAGGUCACUGACGACCCCGUUCUACUCGUGAAGGAGAUGGCCAAGAAGGCGAACGAGAUCAGCCAAGCAGGAAUGGAAAUGGUCAUGAAAGGCAUGAAGGGUCCCGAGCCACCCAAGGUUUCGACCAGCAGGACCUCGAAAACCAAGAAGCCCAAGACUUCGAAGACGAAGAAGUCGAAGAAGACAAAGUCCACUUCUACUGAGGCAGCGGAGGGAACUGGUGAGGCUAAGGAGUUCGAUAUGCCAACUGAGGAGGAGAUUUUGGAAGCUGUGAGGAUUAAGGAGGAGAAGGAGGAGAAGGGAACAUAUAAGGAUGAGUUAUAG